AUGCAGGAUGGCAGGGUGGCGUGGUGGCAGUACCUCAACAUCAGAACGAAGAUCACAGAGGUUGAGGAGGAUGACAAGGAGACUUCGCAGCAGGUGCCUCUGCCUCAUAACGACAGCGAGGAGACUCCUCUCGAUCUCAACGCCAGCUCCGAAUGCAAGCUUCCACAGUCCAUGAGGAUAUUGGACGGGUGCACCAACCAUGUCCAAGGAGUUUCGGAGAAAGCCUGGCAGUGGCUGGUAACUUCCUGA